AUGUACGGGGAAGAGUGGCUGGAAAAGCAUGCUGGGGAGGCGGCGGACCGGUGGGACCACCCCGAGCCCGGGUCGCCGGAGUUCACGAUCUUCGUGGUGGUGUCGGUGUUCCUAGUGCUGGUCGCGGGCCUGAUGAGCGGCCUCACGCUGGGCCUCCUCAGUCUGGACCGCAUGGACCUGGAGCUCAUCAUGCGGUCGGGCAACGAGCGCGACGCCCGCCACGCGGCGGCCAUCCUGCCGAUGAUCGAGAAGCCGCACCAGCUGCUCGUGACGCUCGUGCUGUGCAACGCGGGGUCGAUGGAGGCCCUCCCGAUGGUCGUCGACCGGCUGACGUCCCCCCUCGUGUCGCUCCUGCUCUCCGUGUCCGUUGUGCUGCUGUUCGGCGAGAUCGUGCCGCAGGCGAUCUGCACGCGGUACGGACUCGCGGUCGGGUACUACACCUGCUACCCCGUCUACGCGCUGAUGUUCGUCACGUUCCCCAUCGCGUGGCCGAUCGCCAAGGUGCUGGACCUGGCCCUAGGCUCCGAGACCAAGACCAUUCUCCGCAGGGCGGAGCUGCGGGCCCUGUUCGACGUGUAUGAGGAGCUGCCGGAUGGCGAGGGCGGGGAGGCGCCCGAGGCCGGCGGGGAGUUCUCCCAGGGCGAGGUCAACGCGAUCCGCGGCGCGCUGGACCUCGCGCACAAGCCGGCGUACGAGAGCAUGACGCCGCUGGACCAGGUGUACAUGCUCAACGCCACCGACCGCCUUGACGUGGCCAAGAUCACAGAAAUCAUCCACUCGGGGUUCAGCCGCAUCCCCGUGUACCGCAACAACCGGAACGAGGUGAUCGGGAUCCUCAUGGUGCGGGAACUGGCCCUCGUGGACCCGGCAGCGGGCACGCCCGUGAAGGACAUUCCCCUGCGCACGCCCCCGAGGUUCUUCUCCGACGCCCCGCAGCACGACCUGCUCGACCUGUUCCAGACGGGCCGCUCGCACCUCGCCCUGCUCGUCGAGCGGCCCAACCCGACGGCGCGCGCGAGCAUCGAGCACGCGUCCCAGGAGGUGUCGGUCGACACCCCGCUGCUGCACGCACUGCACGGCGCGGACGAGGAGGCGGACGGCAGCAUGCACCGCAACAAGACGCUGCCGGCGACGAAGAAGGACCGCGACGACCUGCGGCACGGGCGCGUGGUGGGCCUGCUGACGCUGGAGGACGUGCUGGAGUCGCUGCUCAGCGAGGAGAUCCUCGACGAGACCGACAGCUACGUCGACAACGAACGCAAGGAGAAGGUCACGCCGAACUUCCUCCAGGCGCUGCUGCCCCCGCACCUGCGCGGGUUCGUGUCGACCGCGUCCUUCGCGCGGCCCGGGAGCAACGCCAGCUCCCGCGCCCCCUCCAUGCGACGCAUGCCCUCCGGCGGACGCGCCAACCACCAGUCCGGACUCGCCCCCGCCGCCCCGUCCACGCCCAUCCUCGCGCCCCUGCCCUCGCACGGCGACGGCCCCCACCCCGUGGCCUCCACUCCGGACCUGGCGCACUUCCACCCGCCGCAGCAACGCAUCCGCGACUCGACGCACUCCGCGUUCGGCGUCUCCGACCUCCCCGCCGGGUCCGCCUCGCCUGCGCUCGGCCGCGCGGCGUCGAACCUCAGGCGCUCGGGCGACACCUUCGACCGCCUGAACGCCGCGAGCACGGGGCUGCAGAAGGCGCUGAAGCUGAUCGCAUCCAACAGCAUGACGAGGAAGGCUGCGAUGGAGGCCGUGCUGUCGCCCGUUGCGAGCGAACGGCGGCCCACGUUGGACAGAGACGUUGAAUCGCCCCGCCCGAACGGUCCCACCACGUCGGUCAGCGCACGACACUGA